AUAUAGGAAGUUACAAGUCGUCAAGGACGAGAACAACUUGUCUACAAGAUUUUCGAUGACCAUUCAAAUUGCAUUAAAUCUCAAGUGUCGAGUUGCUGCCAACUAAAUCUAAAUUAUUGUUGCUUUUAUGUUCAUAUUUUACAUUAUUUUUUACUUUCAGUUGCGUAUGUGAUUUUUUAAAAUUUAAAUUAUCAACUUGUUUUGGAAUCCUGGUGGAAAAGAAGCCUUACUAUAGAGCUGUAGAGCAUAGAAAUGACCGGACCGUAAUGUCAGUGGUUGCAUGCUGAUUGGAGGAGGGCAGUGCCAGUGUCAACCAGCAGGAUGAGUGUGUCUGACGGUGUGACGAGAACAACCAGCUUGGACGUAGAUCAAUUACAGCAACGGCAGACCAUCUUCCUCCAGAUCUACCCGCGUCUGCCCCAGGACACAGCUGCAUGUUGUACCCUCCAGGUCAGCCCUCGGGCCACGGCCGCUACGGUUAUCCAGAACGCAGGGGCCACGCUGGGCCUGGACAUGACCCGGCACUACGCCCUCCUUGAGGUCAGGCAGGAUGGAGGGGCUGAGAGGAUGCUAGGGGACUCUGAGAUGCCCGUGGAGAGGGUGUUGCUGUGGCCCCCAGGGGCCCGGAACCCGCAUCCCCAGGAGGAGGGGUACUACUUCAUCCUGCAAGCCCAAGGAAGUGGAGGGGAUCUGGGGUCAGGGACUGGCGGUAGUGAGGUACCUUCACCGGAGGAAUAUGAUGACCUGUGCAGCCUCUCCACCCUGACCGAGGACACUAUCCUGGCCGCAUUGCGCCAGCGCUUCUACAAACACAACAUCUACACGUACGCCAGCGGCAUCCUGGUCGCCAUUAACCCCUUCAAGUUCCUACCCAUCUAUAACCCGAAAUAUGUCAAAAUGUACAACAACCAGCCACUGGGAAAACUGAGCCCUCACAUCUUUGCGGUGGCGGAUGUGGCGUACCACACCAUGCUGAAGAAGCAGGAGAACCAGUGUGUGGUGAUAUCAGGGGAGAGCGGAUCAGGGAAAACGCAGAGCGCCAAUUUCCUGAUUCACUGUCUGACGGCGUUGAGCCAGAAGGGCUACAGCAGCGGGGUGGAGAGGACCAUAUUAGGAGCAGGGCCUGUCCUGGAGGCGUUUGGCAACGCUAAGACGGCUCAGAACAACCACUCCAGUCGCUUUGGGAAGUUUAUCCAGGUCAACUAUCUGGAGAAUGGAGUGGUGAGAGGGGCGGUAGUAGAGAAGUAUUUCCUGGAGAAGUGUCGGCUAGUGUUUAGAGAUAGGAGUGAGAGGAACUACCACGUGUUCUACUACCUGCUGGUGGGGGCGUCCAAGGAGGAGCAGAGAGAGUUCAGUCUGCUGCAUCCUGAAGACUACGCAUACCUACAACAGGAGGACUUUAAUUUAGAUGACGCUGAGGACCUCAGGUGUGAGUUCAAGAGGCUUCAUCAGGCCAUGGAGAUGGUGGGAUUCCUGGUCCCCACCAAGAAACAGAUCUUCUCUGUGCUCUCUGCCAUCCUGUACCUGGGCAACGUGACGUACAGCCAAUCAGAAGACGGCCAGGGGCUGGAGGCGGGGCCAGCAGAUGUCCUCUCUACCCUGUCUGACCUGCUGAAGGUCAAACAGGAGUUGCUGGUGGAGGCUUUGACUAAGAGGAAACAAAUGACGGCCAACAACACCGUAGUUCUACACUACACUCUGGAGGAGGCUGUGACAGCACGGGACUCGAUGGCCAAGUCUCUGUACAGCUCUCUGUUUGAUUGGAUCAUCCUGCACAUCAACCACGCUCUGCUCAACAGACGAGACAUGGAGGAAGCUGUCUCUUGUUUGUCUAUAGGUAUCCUGGAUAUAUUUGGUUUUGAGGACUUCCAGACGAACAGCUUCGAACAGUUCUGUAUAAACUACGCCAACGAGAAAGUUCACUACUACUUCCACCAGCACGUCUUCACGCUGGAGCAGGAGGAGUACCAGGCAGAAGGAAUCAGCUGGAGUCCCAUUGACUACAAAGACAACCUGGGCUGUAUCCAUCUGAUCAGCCAGAAACCCACUGGACUGUUCCACAUACUGGACGAGGAGAGCAGUCUCUCCCAGUCCACAGACAACACCCUGUUGGAGAAGUUCAAGCAGCUGCAUCAUGAUGACCCGUACUUCGUCCCCACCGCAGUGAUGGAACCAGCCUUCAUCAUACAACACUUUACUGGGACCAUCAAGUACCAGAUUAAGGAUUUCCGGGAGAAGAACACGGACCACAUGCGUCCGGAGAUCGUGUCGUUACUACGCAGCAGUCAGCGGGCGUUCAUGCGUCAGCUGAUCGGGUCAGAUCCUGUGGCCUUUUUCCGAUGGGGAAUCCUCCGAUCCACCAUACACAUCAUAGCAGUCUUCAAGGAGGCCGGGCGCCGCCGGGCAGCCGCAGCUCUGGUGAAACCCACCUCCUGUCGCAUUACAGGGGAACUGAAGAGGAGACCCAUCUUGGCUCUACAGAGACUGGCCAGCUCCCGGCUGGACUUCUCAUUUGACCGGUCUGAUGACCACCCUCUGGAGGUGUUAGAGGACAUUUUCGUCAGCUAUGAGAAGAGGAAAAAGACCAAAGGCAGCAAGCGCAAACAGCUCAUUCCCAAGAAUCUGAUGAACUCCCGGUCCCUGAAGCACAUAGUGGAUCUGACGCGCCACGACCUCACCCCCCGCUCUCUGCUCCACCCACAUCAGAGGAAGCAACCGUCCAGCAUCAGCGCUCAGUUCCAGGCGUCUCUCAAUCAGCUGCUGGAGACUGUGGGCAGAGCAGAGCCGUUCUUCAUCCGCUGUAUUCGUUCCAAUGCUGAGAAGAAGGAGAUGCUGUUUGACGACGCUCUAGUUUUACAGCAGAUUAGGUACACGGGUAUGUUGGAGACGGUACGCAUCAGGAAGUCUGGCUACAAUGCCAAGUUCACCUUCAAGGAGUUCCUAGAGAGGUUUAAGGUGUUGCUGCCUAAAGAAGCCUUCUCGGCACCGAAGGACAUAGCUAACCUGCUGCAGAAGGUGGGCCUGGGACAGAGCACAUACCAGAUUGGGAAAACUAAGGUGUUCCUAAAGGAGAGGGAGAGGCAGCAUCUGCAGGACACCCUGAACAAGGAAGUAAUGCGUCAUAUCGUCAUCCUCCAGCGUUGGUUCAGGGCCUGUCUGAUCAGGAGGCACUUCCUCUGCAAGAAAGAUGCUGCCAUCAGAAUACAGCGAUGUUGGCUGGCGUUCCGAGCGGACAACAGGUGCCUUGCGGCCACAGUGAUCCAGGCGGCAUGGAGAGGUUCUCAGGAGAGGACAGACUACUUGAGAAUGAGGAACAGCGUCAAGAAAAUGCAGGCACUGAUCAGGAACAAACAAGGUCCAAACAGCACCAAGGCUGAGGGAGAGAAGCCCACCAUGCCUUCUCAGCUCCCUCCCAAAACGCAGUCCAAGCAUCAGUACCAAACCCAGCACCAGAGAAGCCUGGAGAGGACGGAGCUGAGGAGGAGGCAGCACAGUGAGGAACACGGUCCCAACAGAAGCCCCGAGACAAGCCCAGAAGUCAAUGGACAGAAGGCCGCCCAGAGGAACACAGAGACGGAGAAGAGAGAGGGAAGAGGCUCUCCACCUCCCCUCAACAGACCUCUCUCCUUCCCGCUAGACGCCAAGGCUGGCAGGGAUGGAGAGGGAGAGUCAACCAGACCCUCCCACCACACAGGCUCACUGAAGGGCUGCUCCACCUUGGAGGACAGUAAGGAGCGUGCUGAGGGAUGGAAUAUGAGCAGGAGGGAGGGAGGACACCAGGAAGACUCCCACCCUGAGGUCCAGCGCCCCAGGAAUAUGGAGGGGUUGCUGCGGAACUCUGGGUCGGUGUCAGACAGCUCUCCCUUCGCCACUGAGGUACUGUUUUCUCAUUCUGAGUUUCCGAAAUCUUUUGAUAUUUCCACGGACGGGGCUAGUUUCAGCCUCCCACAUGAGAGCAUAACCCGCAGAGACUCCAGCCAAUCCCAGCCGACCACUCCUGAUAGGCUGUUACAUUUAUGCCUGUUGUUCACACGCGUAUCUACUGUACCCUUUCAUCGGCUAGAAUGGUCCCACCUGAUCUCGCCUCCUCUCGCUUGCCUUCCAUUAUUGAGGACGUAUAUUUCCGUUGUUAGAGCGGUAACUCGAACAUCUUGUCAAUAUAAUAGAUCAUCUUUGCCUGGACCGAGUGUGGAAAACGCUGCUGCGUUUUCUUUGUCAUGGUUACAUGUUAACCCUUUUGUGUUCCACAGGCUUGGCAUCUUCAGUAAGUUUCGGAGGAAACGGCCGACUAAAAACUCACAGAUAAAUGCGUACGGGAUGGUGACCAAUGAGAAUGCACCAUCUGGGAAAGGAGCCACCUCUACCUCCUCCCUGUCCACUGGACGGCGUGGUAACAACAGUGAAGGGCAUGGUAACACCACCAUCAGGAUCAGCCGAGCCACGCGGGUCUCCGAGCAGUGGAAUGCUUCUCUGGAACGGGAGAUCACCGACACCGACGAGCUCCGACACCUGGAUGAGUUCCUGGGGAACCAGGUAAACGAUCUGAGGACCAGGGUAAAGGAGCUCUCAGCCACAGAGAGAAUCUUCCUUACAGCCACCAUGCAGUUCAGAGAGACCAUAAAGGGCAUGUACUCCGUCUUGAAGCCCCAUAUCAGCUAUAAAGUCCUGAUGACGGGCUACCACAACUGUGUGUCCAGUCAUGCUGGCGCCAAGCAGCUGACUGAGGUCAGCCUGGUGGUCAACCUGUUCCAGUCCAUCCUGGACGGCUUCAUACGGGGAGAGAUCAAACGAGAGGGGUUUGGGCCGGUCAAGACCGUGAACAGGCCAAAGACGAAAAAGAAAAAAUGUCUCGACAGCCCUUUAGGUCACAUGUUUAGUACGUACCAGGUCAACAUCAGGCAGUCCUGUGACCUGUGUGGUUUCUACAUCUGGGGCAUGGAGAAGGCCUACAUGUGCAGCGCUUGCAAAUUGAUAUGUCACAAGAAAUGCCUUUCCAAAAUCAUCACUGACUGCUCAACUCGAUGUGCCAGGCUGGACGAUGGGAGACCUGGCUGUCUGCACUUUGGGGUGCAGGUGUGUGUACUGACCAGUAAGACCUACCCGAUCCCCAUGGUACUUCUGAUGAUGCUGGAGCAUGUUGAGAUGAAUGGCCUGUACACAGAGGGCCUCUACCGUAAAUCUGGUUCUGCCUCGCACGCCAGGGAAUUACACCAACUACUGGAGACAAACCCUGAGACGGCGACUCUGGAGAACUACUCCAUCCACACGAUGACUGGCCUGGUGAAACGCUGGCUCAGAGAGCUGCCUGACCCCCUCCUUACUUACCGCCUCUACAAGGACUUCCUUCACGCCGUUGAGUUGCCAGAGCAAUCUGAGCGGCUUCGUGCGGUCUACCAGAAACUGGACGAGCUUCCCUCCGCUAACUUCAAAACACUGGAGAGAUUGGUCUUUCACCUGGUCAGAGUGGCAAAGGAGGAAGAACACAACAGGAUGUCAGCAAACUCCCUGGCCAUAGUGUUUGCCCCCUGCAUCCUGCGAUCCCAAGACACCACUGACCCCUUCCUAGUCUUGAAGGACGUCUCCAAGACAACCACGUGUGUGGAGAUCCUGAUCUCGGAACAGUUCAGACGGUACACUGAGAAGAUGCAGGAUAUCACCGAGCUGGAAUACGCUGAGGCCCUGGCCGUCAACCAGCUCAAACUCAAGAGACAGAACACUAUCUCAGAGAAACCUUCAUCGGAGCCGGACGCCCCUCACAUGGACAACCUUGACCUGUUGGAUAUAGACAUGGAAUCAGAGAGGACCCUCAUCGAAAGGAUAAAAUCCAUCAAGCAGGAGAAGGAGGAGCUGGCAUGCAGGUUGCCAGAGCUGGAGCAGGAGAACUCCGACAACGACAACCUGGACUCUGAGUCAUCAAUCAGCUCAGAGAGCCUGGACUCAGAAGGCAGAGUGAACCUGUUGUGGAGGAGCCAGAGGCAGGAGUGCCCUCCUAAGCCACCUGACCUGGCCCAGAGAACUACUACAGCCACAGGCCAUGACCAGGCUAGAUGGAUAGAACCCCCAGCCUACAACAAGACCAGGAGCAGGAACUUCUCAGAACUGGACAUCCCUUUCAUAGAUGAGGAAGAGGACUAGCCUGGGUGCCAGUCUGUUUUUGCUCCAAAUGGAAUUGUCAUGCCAAACAUGGCUGUACAAUGACAGCAAUGUAGUUGGAAAGAGCACUAAACAGAUCUGGGACCAGGCUAGAGGACAUCUAGGACUGGGCCAUAUUGUCCUCCGACAGGUGGCGUCUCUAAUACACGAUGCUAGUCCUUCGACUGAUAGCGUUGGAGUUGUGUUAUGGCAACAAGAACCAAGCACAUGAUGUAUAUUUUCCUACAUCCAUUAAUGUGUGUGUGUGUGUAAUGAUCAAAGCUCAAAUCAAAUCUAAUUUUGUUUGUCACAUGCGCCGAAAACAACAGAUGUAGACCUUGCCUUAAAAUGCUUAGUUUUUAAAAGGUAAGAAAAAUGUGCUACUCUAGGGAAAAUAGUAACACAAUAACGGGGCUGUAUACAAGGGGUACCUUUACCAAGUCAAUGUGCAGGGGUACGGGUUAGUCUAGGUAACUGAGGUAAUAUUUAC